CCUGAACCCGGCAGUUCUCUACGUUCGAAAUUAGUAGAAGUCUGUGGUCCGCAGUACGCAAAUUCUCGCACAUGCUGCGACUCGGAUCAACUUGAUGAUUUAGCUGCUAAUAUAAAACAAGUUGAAGCUCUUAUUUCCUCGUGUCCUGCUUGUUGGCAUAAUUUUCUUGAAUUCUUUUGCACGUUCACUUGUUCUCCAGAUCAAUCUCUCUUUGUGAACGUCACAUCAACCGGAACGUCUCAGAAUAACCAAACUAUUGUUACACGCGUGGAUUUCUUUGUUGACAAGGAGUACGGAAAGGGAUUCUAUGACUCUUGCAAAGAUAUCAAAUUUGCCGCUACGAAUGGAUAUGUCAUGGAUUUCAUUGGUGGUGGUGCCAAAGAUUAUCAUGAAAUGCUGGUUUAUCUGGGAACUGAGCGGCCAGUUGGAUCUCCGUUUCAGAUUGACUUUCCUUUAGAAGAUACGAGCGGAGCCUUUCACCCGCUGAAUAUUGCGGCUAAACAGUGUAAUGCCACAGAUACUGAUGAUAGAUGUUCAUGUGUAGAUUGCCAGUCAGUAUGUCCGUUGCUAGAUCCAACUCCGGAAGAGAAGCCACGUUGCACUAUUGGCUUCAUUUCGUGCUGGUCUUUUGCCUUGCUGCUUGUUUACGGAGGUCUUAUUUUGGGACUUGCAUUUGCUAUAUUCAUUAAGCGACUAUUUGACGAAAAAAGAGAUAGAGCAGGAUUCGAACCG